UCCCGCGGCUGGCCUCAGUCAUCGCGAGAAGAAACCGCAGGGGGCGUCUGCGCGGACAGGCGGAAGUGUAGGUGACGGUUGAGACAUCGCCGCCAAGCUGGGAACCGGGGAGAUGGCCGAGACUGACCCCAAGACAGUGCAGGAUCUCACCUCGGUGGUGCAGACACUCCUGCAACAGAUGCAAGAUAAAUUUCAGACCAUGUCCGACCAGAUCAUUGGAAGAAUUGAUGACAUGAGUAGUCGCAUUGAUGACCUGGAGAAAAACAUUGCGGACCUCAUGACACAGGCUGGGGUGGAAGAGCUGGAAGGCGAAAACAAGUUGCCUGCCACACAGAAGAGUUGAAGGUUGCUAAUUUACACCGAAAUCUGGAGCACUGUUUUAGAAGCCAAGAGAACACCAAAUGGCUUUUUGCAGCUAACUUCUAUGUGUAGAAAGGUUUUAUAUGUGUGUCCUUCUUACCACGUUCUAUAUAGUUAGUUUACAGAGUGAUUUCCCCCCAGUUUCUUGAACAUGGUAACUUCACAUCCCAGCCCUUGGUCAGUUGUGCUGUUGAAUAUUAAACACUAAAACUUUGCCAGUUUCCUGCACAAGAUUGUCAAAUUUUUUAGUGUAUUUUUGUGAAGUCAGUUUGUUUCUAUCAUACCUUUUGUAGUAGUUGCUGUUUGAUAAAAGUUGCUGUGUAAUUUUUUUUUAUCAGACAUGUAGUGGAGCCUUCUGUUGUAAUUAGACCAUGUGGAGUAAGACAUUAUAGUGUAGGGUUCUGUACUUCUCCGCACUAACUGACUGCCGUGCCAGUACCACACAGUGUGUGGGUGUACUUUUCAAAUGGUUAGGAUCAUUUAAAAAUUGUUUAUUCAGAAAUACCUGGCAGUACUGUUGACAGAACUCAGAAUUGAACCGUGUUUUAUGCCUAAGUUCCUGAUAGCAGAUGCUUGAGUAAUGAGUAACCACCUUAACGAGUUAGAAUUUCAAAGAGGGAAGUGGACAGACUGCGUGAUGCACUGAGGCGUUGGUAGUGUUCUGCACGAGAUGGACAGGCCUGCUUCAGCAGGACCCUUCCUUGUUCAUCUACAGUAUUUACCAUAGGAAAAACGUGGCAGGAUUUCAAAACUCAAGGGCUCCAUCUUUUCUCUGAGCUACUGAUUAGGAAGAGGAACCUAAAAGGAAAGCAGACCACACCGAAUCUGUGCAAGCUGCUUGGCUAGAAAAUGAGAAGUGACUUUUGGUAGGCUCAAGUUUUAAAGAAAUGCAGUUUCUUUAAACUAUUGCUUACCUAAAUUCUUGCAGGGUAAUGGUUUUUUGUCAGUUACAAAAGACAGAUAACUCUUGCCACUCAGAAUGGCAGUGCCAGGGUGCUGAGCCAAGAGUCCAGGUCUGACUGUGAAGCAGGUCUGUGUGAUUGUCGCAGCCGGGUGGCCUUGUGUAAGGAAAAUCGAAAGGUCGAAGAAGUUGAGGAAUGGCUUAGUGCUUCAUGGAGGGAAACCCUUAAUGAAAACAGUAUGAUUGUUUGAUUUCCCAUGUCACUAAUCUUCAUUGUUUGUAUCACAGCAUAUAAUUACAGGAAGUAAUUUAUCCUAUUUAUGAAUUAGAGGGAGACCCACAAAGGAGUCAGUUUUUUCUGCGUUAAAGUGAAUUCACCACCAUUAUUUCCCAGCCACAGGCACUCCUUUGAUGGGCCAGUGGAUCGUGCAGCCAGGUUUAGCCCUGAAAGCGCAGAGCCCACCAGACUGAGAACCCUCUGUGUGGGAUGUCGUACAGCCCCGUGAAUGGCAAGUGGAAAUGAUAGGCCAAGUUGCUGUCAGAGGAUAGGGACUUAGGUAGAAGUCGGCUUCCUUAAGUAAUAGGUUUCUGAGGCAUGGCCCCCAGACCAAAAGUAGCUGCUGUGAAUAAAGGUGCCUGAAAUCCU